GCCAUUUUGGGGGGCGUGGCUACCGUGUUGUCAAAGAUGGAGGACGAGGGUGGCUCGGUCUCCAACGUGGAGGUGUGCAACCUGGCCUAUUUGGGCCGCCUGGAGGAGCUGAAGGAGCGCCUGGGAAGCAACCGGAGCCUGGCCACCAGAGUCGACCAGGAUAACAGGACAGCCUUGCACUGGGCCUGCUCCGCUGGGCAUCCGGACAUUGUCGACCUCUUGCUGAGCCUGGGAGCCCCUGUGAACGACAAGGAUGAUGCCGGAUGGAGCCCUCUGCACAUCGCUGCUUCGGCAGGCCGAGAGGAGAUUGUGAAAACCCUCCUGAAGAAAGGGGCUCAGGUCAAUGCUGUCAAUCAAAACGGCUGCACACCGCUGCAUUACGCUGCUUCCAAAAACAAGCAGGAGAUUGCACUCAUGCUGCUAGAGAACAACGCCAAUCCGGAUGCAAAAGACCACAUGGGCUCCACUCCGUUGCACAGAGCGGCCUCCAAAGGGAACCUGAAGAUGAUACAGAUCCUUUUGAAGCACAAAGCGUCUGCCAAUCUGCAGGAUUCCGAAGGAAACACAGCCCUCCAUUUAGCCUGCGAUGAAGAGAGAGUGGAUGAAGCCAAGCUUUUGGUGUCCCAGGGUGCAAGUAUCUAUAUUGAAAACAAAGAAGAAAAGACCCCCCUUCAAGUUGCCAAAGGCGGCCUGGGAUCCAUCCUGAGGAGGCUUGCUGAGGGUUAGCCAUUGCUGCAAGCUGAAGACUUUUCACGGGGUUGGUUUUGGCUUGGGAUUGACUUUAUCUAUCACAACUUGAAUUUUUUUGUUGUUGAUUAUCUAACUCUUUUUAUUUGUACAUUUAUGGACACUUUUAAACAUAUAUCUGUACUUGUGGCAGCAUGGAGUUAAAGCCCUGUUUUUCCAAAGAAGAUAAACCCUUGGCAACUGUA